AUGGCUGACUCAGACGGACCAAGUGCUUCCAAUUCAUCUGUAUCCCAGUUCAUAUCAACCUUGAUACCAACAUUGGUGAUAUCAGCAAUUUUUCUCUUGGCGUUCUUAAUCCUUCAUAAAAAGAGAAAGAGAGUUUAUGAACCCCGUUCAGUUGUUAAAACACUUCCUAAAGAUUACCGCCUUAAUGAAGUGCCAUCUGGUCCCUUGGGUUGGAUAACCGAGUUAUUACGUAAACCAGAGUCAUUUAUUGUUCAACAUGCUGGUGUUGAUGGCUACUUCUUUCUUCGAUUUUUAUUUGAAUUCCUUUGCAUUUGUAUCCUUGGUGUUAUAAUCACAUGGCCAAUUUUAUUCCCUGUCAAUGCCACUAAUGGUAACAAUAAUACCCCAGGAUCAAACAUCGGUGGGUUUGACAUUUUAUCAUUUGCAAACAUUAGAAAUAAAUGGAGAGCAUUAGCUCACGUAUUCUUAUCAUGGAUUUUAUUUGGUGCGGUUAUAUUUUUGAUCUAUCGUGAAUUGGUUUAUUACACUACAUUUAGACAUGUUCUUCAAACAACCCCAUUGUAUGAUUCCAUGUUGAGCUCAAGAACCCUCUUGUUAACUGAGAUUGAUAAAAGUUUAUUAACUGAUGAAAAGUUGAGAAAUUAUUUCCCCACAGCUUCUAAUAUUUGGUAUUCAAGAAAUUAUAAGGAAUUAGCCAAAGAAGUUAAAGAAAGAACAAAAUUGGCUAAUAAAUACGAGGGAACACUCAAUAAAGUACUCACAAAGGCAACUAAAUUAAGAAACAAAUGCAUUAAGAAGAAUAAACCAGUACCUGAACCUGAAGAUGACAUUAAUAAGUAUUUGAAAGAUGGUAAAAAGAGACCAACCCAUAAAUUGAAAUUCUUAAUUGGUAAGAAGGUCGAUACCUUGGACUAUUCUCCAGAAAAGUUGGGUGAAUUAAACAAGUCCAUUGGUGAAAAGCAGAAGAAUUACGCAGAUAAUGAUCUACUUCCUGCUGUGUUUAUUGAAUUCCCCACUCAAUUGGAAUUACAACGUGCUUAUCAAGCUAUUCCAUAUAAUUCUGAUUUAAAGAAAGCCAGAAGAUUCACAGGACUUGCUCCUGAUGAUAUUAUUUGGCUGAACUUGCAAUUAUCAACAGGUAGAAGAAGAAUCCAAAGUAUUCUUGCUGCUACAAUCUUAACUGCUACAAUCAUUUUUUGGUGUAUUCCUGUAGCUGUUGUUGGUUCUAUUUCUAAUAUAAACAUGUUGACUGAUAAAGUACAUUUCUUGCGAUUUAUCUUAAACAUGCCUAAAGUAUUGAUGGGUAUUAUCACAGGUUUACUUCCAGUCGUUGCUUUAUCGAUAUUGAUGUCGUUGGUUCCUCCAUUUAUCAAGUGGAUGGGAAGAAUUUCCGGUCGUAUUACUGUUCAACAAGUCGAUAGCUAUUGUCAGUCGUGGUAUUUCGCUUUUCAAGUGGUUAAUGUUUUCCUUGCUGUUGCUUUAGGUUCUUCAGCAGCUUCUGUUGCUACUGAAAUUGUCAAUUCACCAUCAAAGGCAUUGGAACAAUUAUCAAAGAAAUUCCCAACUUCAGCUAACUUUUAUUUUUCAUACUUGUGUCUUCAAGGAUUAACAAUUAAUUCAGGUGUAUUGUUGCAAGUUGUCACUUUGAUUUUGACUCCUAUUUUGGGAAAGUUCCUCGAUGGUACCCCAAGAGCAAAAUGGAAUAGAUUUAAUAAAUUGGGUGAACCAGAUUUUUCAACUCUUUAUCCCGGUUUCCAAUUAUUAACCACAAUUGCCCUUGCAUAUUCUGUUUUGGCUCCUUUGAUUUUGGGAUUUACUUCCAUUGCAUUCCUUUUAUUUUAUUUUGCCUAUAUCUACACCUUGGUUUAUGUAUUGGUUCCUAAAUCCAACGAAGCUAGAGGAACAAAUUACAUUACUUCAUUAUUUCAACUUUUCACAGGAUUGUUUUUGGCACAGCUUUGGAUCACAGCCAUUUUUGUGUUUUCAAAGAAUUGGGUUUCAGUUGCUUUAGAGGCGGUGAUUGUAGUCGUUACAAUAGUUGCUCAUUUCUGGAUGAAAUGGCAUUUCUUACCAUUGAUCAAUGCCGUUCCUAUCUCAGCUAUAAAAUACGCCGCUGGUGAUUCUUCUGCUAGCUACCCUAUGCAUGAUCAAGGGUUUAAGGAAAUUAAACAAGUUGGUAAAGACUACUGGAACAGUGAACCAUCCACACCAACUGAAAAGGAUCAAGUAUUGCCAACGAAAAACCUUGACUCUACUGAUAUUGAAAAGCCUCCUAUUGAUACUGAUAUUAGACCUAGUGGGUCAAAGAGUACGGGAGCUGACACUAAAAUAGGAGGUUCUGAUCUGUCAGAUGAAGAGAAGGCUGUUAAUCCAGCCAAACAAGUUGUUGAAGCACCCAAGAAGGGUGUUUCUUGGCUCACUAGAUUCUUUCAACCAAAGAAACAAAGUUUUGAUAUGAUUAGAAAUAUUAUGCCAGAUUUCUUUUUCCAUUAUGCAGAGUAUAAUCCCGAAUUCCUUGAACAUGCAUAUGAUGAUCCUAGUGUUUCUGAUGAAGAACCUCAUAUUUGGAUAGCAAGGGAUGACAUGGGCUUAUCAGAAAUAGAGAAACAGAAAGCAAUAGAACAAGGAGUUGAUGUUUCUAAUGCAGAAGCCGGGUUUGAUGACAAGGGAAAUAUUGAGUAUACUGGUCCUCCUCCCAGUUAUGAAGAGGCUAUAAGGAUUUGA